AUGGUUUCUCGUACUGAUCGCACUUUCAUCAUGGUUAAGCCCGACGGUGUCCAGCGUGGACUUGUUGGAAGAAUCAUCCAAAGGUUCGAGGACAAGGGCUUCAAGUUAGUCGCUAUGAAGAUGUGCACUCCCAGCGAGGAACACUUCAAAGAGCACUACGCCGACUUGUCCGAUAAGCCCUUCUUUGCUGGUCUAGUUAAGUACAUGCAGACCUCCCCCGUUGUCGCCAUGGUGUGGGAAGGCCUGGACGCGGCAGCCGAGGGUCGUAGGCUCCUUGGCGCCACCAAGCCCUCUGAGUCGGCUCCUGGCACCAUCAGAGGCGACUUUGGCCUCGAGGUCGGCAGGAAUCUCAUUCAUGGCUCGGACAGCCCCGACUCGGCAGCCAAGGAAAUUGCUUUGUGGUUCCCUGAGGGUAUCAACGAGUGGAAGAAGUGCGACUACCAGUGGGUCUACGAGGGCUAA